AUGUCACAAGUGGCAAAUCGCAAGCUAGCGAAUGUAACUGUAGCUUCUUGUCUGCGUUUAUUGCUGUUGAAGGCGUCUGACAACGAUAAGAGAAUAGGCAAACACUUUUGCUCGACCUGCGGAAAGCAAUAUAAAUGGAUGCAAUCGUUGAUCAGACACUCGCGAGAAGAAUGCGGAAAGGAUCCGCAGCACACUUGUCCCAUAUGCGGCACGAGAAUACGACACAGAUGGAUGGUCAAGAAGCACAUCGAAGCGCAUCACUCGAACGACCGAACAUUGAAGCCGUACCAUGUACCAAAACCCUACGCUAUAAUAACACGUGUGACAUCUCUGUCACUACCGCCUUAUCAGUGUAACACGUGCGGCAAGUCGUACAAAUGGAAGGAAUCCUUGAGUUUGCACAAACGAAUGGAGUGUGGAAUCGAGCCACGCUUCACCUGCGUCUGCUGCGAUAACGAAGUUUGGCCGCAGAGUCUACGGAAUCAGUGCAAGGUUUGCGGCAAAUUCUACACGCGAAAAUCGUCGCUGUACACUCAUCAACGUGUGUGCGGCAAAGAGCCCAGGUUCGUGUGCGGGUUUUGCGACAAGAAAUUUAAAUACAAACAUAGACUGCAGUCGCAUCUCACUCUUCCACGAUGGGUCUGCUUCCAGUGCGGUAAGCGUUAUCUGUGGCGCGGUUCCCUGAAGAACCACAUACGGGUGGAAUGCGGCAAAGACCCGACUUACACGUGUCCGGUGUGCGGCAGGCAGUUCAAGCACAAACACCGCUGGCAAUCGCACGCGAGAUGCAUGCACAGCAUCCUGUUGUAA